UGGCUUUAUUUCUGUAAACAAGGUGUUUACUAGUAAACAACAAUCUCACCACUCCGCACGUACAACCCUCUACGCCGUACACUGUAGAGUCUGAAAGAUGAAGAGGUCUAACAAGGGGACACAGAUGUCCAGUACGACGCUUCGGGACGGCCAAUCAGAGAGCCGCUACUAUAAGACAGAGUUGAAAUCAGAGGAAAUCUACCGUCUAAACAUGGACAUGAUUGGGCUCAGGGCGAGGUGCCGGGACUUGGAGACCAGACUGGAGGAUUUGGCCUUCGUGUUGCAGCGGUACCGUGACCAGCGGGAUUCCCUACAGCGCACCUCGGAGGUGUAUCGCGUCAGCCGCGACGGAGACCGAGCCGAACUACGGUGCAUUCGCUGGGAAAACUUCGACCUCAAGCGUGAAAACGAUGCUCUGAAGAGCAUCAUAUCAAAUAUGAGGCAAAAGCAGUACUACUUUGGUAAUGCUCUACACGGAGGUCCCAGUCACCUGGAGAUGUUGUACUGCCCCCCUUCCACUCUCCUACCGUACCACAGCAAGUACGAGCGCCCCCUAUCGGCCUCAGCUGGAGAAGACUCGAUGAUCAUUUCAUGAAGGAGUCACAAAACACAAAAAACUGGACUGUAGAUAUUAUAGUUACAUUUAAUAGCAAUUCUUUAUUCUGCCCAACUUGAACAGAGAUUCGACAAUGAAAAUUACAACUUUUCUGAGAUGAUCCCAAACUUAACGGGGCACAUCCCUCAAGUUCUUGAUAUCUGUACUCGUUGAGAAUAUUUAAUAAAUUACCAUCAAACUUUAUGAAACAGGCUAUUCCUAUAUUAGUUCAUCUGGACAUUUUAAGAUAAACAGCAUAUUGAACUAUA